AAGUAGUAGAAGAAGAAGAAGAGAGGGCAGCAAAAACCAAAAAGCCGAUAAAAGGGGGGGGGGGGGCGCAGAGGGAUGCGAGUUGUGUUAUCAGGUCGAACUGUCCGGGAAGCAUCGCAGACGGGUCCAAAUUGAUCUGAUGACAGACCAGAGUGUUUUCAUCGCCGCUAGUGAAAAAUUGAGGUGGUGUUGCUGCUGUGCUGGGGUGAGUGAGAAUGUCGCAGAAGAGACACCAAGAUGAUGGCAGGGCUUAUCGGUCAGAAGGGUCCGGGAAUCCGGACGAUAAGCGCCGGAGGACUACUUUUCAGAAUGUAGUUUCGGAGAUAAUGAAGUUGCACACUGUCCAUCAUUUGCUGGAGCCGAUUCUUGAGCCUUUGAUUCGCAGAGUGGUCAGAGAGGAAGUAGAAUCAGCCCUAAGGAAACAUCUAAACAAUAUGAAACAGAAUUGUGAGAAAGAGACUCAACCUGCUGAAUCAAGAAUCUUAAAGUUACAGUUCUUGAACAGUCUGUCUCUUCUGGUAUUCACUGGAGCUCGGGUAGAAGGAGAAGAGAGUUCCAGUAUCCAAGUAGCUUUGGUGGAUUGCUUUACUGGUCAAAUAGUUGAAUCUGGCCCAGAGUCCUCAGCUAAGGUGGAAAUUGUUGUUCUUGAGGGUGAUUUUGAUGGUGAAGAGGGUGACAAUUGGACCCCCGAAGAAUUCAAAAAUAACAUUGUAAGAGAGAGGGAAGGCAAGAAACCUCUUCUAACAGGGGAAGCAGCCAUCAAUCUUAAUGAUGGAGUUGGUUCUGUGAGUGAGAUUUCUUUUACAGAUAAUUCAAGCUGGACAAGGAGCCGUAGGUUCAGGUUAGGAGCAAGAGUUGUAGAUAAUUUUGAUGGAACUAGAAUAAGAGAAGCAAAGACAGAAUCCUUUAUUGUCAGGGAUCACCGUGGAGAAUUAUACAAGAAGCACCACCCUCCAUCCCUGCUUGAUGAAGUAUGGCGACUAGAAAAGAUUGGAAAAGACGGAGCUUUCCAUAAGCGUUUGACUCGGGAAAACAUCCGCACUGUGAAGGAUUUCCUCACCCUACUCUCCAUAAACCCUCCAAGGCUCCGCCAUAUCCUUGGCACAGGUAUGUCUACUAAGAUGUGGGAAGUCACAGUGGAGCAUGCUCAGACAUGUAUACUGGAUAAAAGGAUAUACUUGUACGGCUCUCCCGGUUCACAACAGAGAGCUGGUGUUGUCUUCAACGUUGUAGGACAAGUAAUGUACCUACUUUUGGAAUGCGAAUAUAUUCCUGCGAGUAAGCUUUCUGAAACACAAAAGGUUGAUGCCCAGACCUUGGUACUUUCUGCUUUUGAACACUGGGGAGAAGUUGUCUCAUUUGAUGAUGAAGCUUCUCUUUUGGGUGGGAGCUCGUCCAAUGUUGCCAAUGUUCUUCAAACAUCAAGCUCACCAAGAGGAGAGGAUUUUAGUGGAAGCAAGUUUAUGGCUACACAGAAAAUUGGUGGGUUUGAUUAUACACAGCCACCCUCCGGUUCUCCUGAUAUUUCAUCCAUCUAUUCUGUGGGGGGCACAAGUGGCUUGGAUGAUUAUGCCUUGCACAACAUUGAUGGUAUGAGUCUUAGUUAUGACCAAGCUUUAACAUUCCCUGGUCAAGUUGGGAAUUCCCUGAUCUGCGACCCAGAUUCAAUAGCUCAUGCAUUCUGUGAUGACGAUCAUCUACAGUUUUUUGAUACUGAUCUUCAGUCCCAGAACAUGCUUCCAGAGUCACCAGCAGAUCUACAAAGUGCUGUAGAUGGCUUCUUAUCUGCACAACGUUCUACUGCUGCUGUUGCCGCCAUAGAUAAGGCUCAGAGGAGAUGGAGAAAGUUAUUCAGUGUCCUCAAGUGGUUCUCAAUCCGGAGGAGCCUCCGGAACCGGGUUCGGGACAUUCCAAGAUACUAGUCAAGAUAAAAAAAAAUGUUCACUCAAAAUUCCUAGUGUUCGAAGCUGCCCGAAUUGUGUGCAGGGUGUUUGGGGUGUGAAGGCUACCAUUGGAGGUUGUCUUAGAUGUAUAUACAUCUGGUAGUUUAACUUGCAAGUUUCUUAGUUCUGCUGCUUGGGGUUAAUAUGUAAUAUGUAAAUGCCUAUGGUUCAGUAGCUAUGUACUUCCCAAGCUCAGAAAGGCAUCAUUUGAUGCUGGCAAAAUAAUAAAUAAAAGGAUAAAAUACUGGUCA